UUGGUUGAUAACAUGAAUCGCAGAGACGGCGUGGAGGUGAUGGAGACCCAGGCAGGAGGCCAGAAGGAGAAGCUGAUUAGAGUCGUGGACAGUCCCGACAAUGGGAACGACAUCGAGGGCGAGGACGACAAAAUCCCCGGAGCCUACAACUGCAACAUCUGUGGACGCAGCUUUCCCUUCCUCAGCUCUCUGUCGCAGCACAUGAGACGCCACACGGGUGCCCGCCCGUACAAAUGUCCCUACUGUGACCACAGGGCCUCUCAGAAGGGCAACCUCAAAGUCCACAUCCGCAGCCACAAACUGGACACGCUGUCUACGCACCACUCCAAUGAGGACGAGGAGGGCGGGCCAGACGAGGAGGAGAUGAGGGUGUCGGAGGGCCUCGAUGGAGGCACCAGUCCCACCAAGAGCAGCUCGGCCUGCAACAAGAUGAUCGGCGGGGAUUCUGUGGAGGAAAGCCGGAGGAAAGUGCCUGCGCGGAGCAUGAAGAGGGAAAAGUCCGUCACCAACCAGAGGCCUUACUGUUGCCGCCUGUGUGGCUACGAGGCCCUGCGGGAGGACCAGCUCCUCAGCCACAUCGAGAAGGUCCACAUCACGGCGGACGCAGAGGAGGAGGCCGUCGCUGUGAAGGAGGAGGUUGUGACCGAGCCGGACGUCCCGCAGCCCCAGAGCGACGGGACCUUUCCCUGCGAGACCUGCGGCCAGGUUUUCACCCAAGCCUGGUUCUUGAAGUCGCACAUGAAGAAGCACGCGGGAAUACUGGACCACUGCUGUCGAAUCUGCGGGAGGAGGUUCCGAGAAGCCUGGUUCCUGAAGUCGCACAUGAAAACGCACAACACCAAAUCCCGGUCUCGGUCCAAGACCGAUUCGGCCGAGCACCCCGCCACCAUCAACGAUGUAGCCCAGGAUCCCGACGCCAUCACAUGCUCUGUGACAUCCGUCUAUCAGAUGUGCUCCAAAUGCGGGAACCUUUUUCACAGUAAGGAGAGCCUGAGAGCCCACGAUAAAGUUCACAGUCUCGGCCACGGCAGGAAAUCCCCCAUCGAGAGCAGGCCGAGUGAUGACGAGGACUCCCCCGCUGCUAAGAGACGUUUACUUGACUACUUAAACCUCGAGUCUGUGGAGGGAAAGCCUCAGGAUGAAGAGGAGGGCAGUGUGAAAACGAUGGUAGGUCAAAGAAUUCCAGAGCUAGAUCCAGUUUGCAGCUAUCAGGCCUGGCAAUUAGCCACUAAAGGAAGGGUUGUGGAGCCCUUGGAGCCUAGUUACAAGGCCUCCUAUGGGGGAGGAAGUAUGGGGGAGGAGGCCCUUGCUGGCGCCGCUGUGGUUUUUGAGAAAGAAAGUAGCAGUUAUGUCCUCCAAGGUCAAGAGAAACGCAGCUCAGGUAGACGCAGCAGCUCUGGGUUGGGGAGCCACUCCUCCUCAGGGUACUGGACACCAGAGAGCCUCAGUGACUCCGAGUACCGGCCGUCGUGCCGGCAGGACAAACGGCGACCGUCGCAGUCGCAGGUGUCCUCCAAGGGCAACGAGUGCUUCGAGUGCGGGAAGAUGUUCCGCAGUCGUCACCAGAUGAUCGUCCACCAAAGGGUCCACAGGAAGGAUGGAGGCAGGGCAUCUGUCGGAGAAAAGGAAAGGAGCACGAGAGAGGAUCGAUGGGGCUCCACCAGCGAUCCAGAGUCUGGCUCACCCAGCCGACCCAGUACCCCGGGCUAUGGGGACUCUCCUCCUGCCUCCACCCUGGGAGACCAGGCCUCUGAGAUGGGUACCUCCAACUCUGGAGAGCCUGCAGACAUGAAGCCUUACAUCUGCAGCCUGUGUGACUUUGCCACCACAGAGUCGCAGACCUAUUUGACCCAUGUUCGGGUCCAGCACCCGGCUGCCUCCAAAGAUAGACCCGGCUGCAUUGGCAGCAGCGGCUCCAGCUUGGACAGAGGAAGCUCCAGCGGCAAUCCCAAACUCAAGAAGGCUUUUCUGCAGGGGGUGAACACCACCACAUCCCCUCACGCGUACCUCUCGGCUCACUCCUCUCCACGGGAUCCGACUUUAGUCCCGAUGGAUCUCUGCGUGAGGGCUGAGGGCAUCCGGGGCACGGCCUCCUCAGCUCCAGAUAAAAAAAGCCUUCCUAGCCACAAGUGCUCCUUCUGCUCUCACUCCACUCGCUACCCCGAGGUUCUCUGGAUGCAUCAGACAGUGGCUCACCGCAUCAACAGCAGCAGCUCCAACGUGGCCCCGAAGUGGGCUCUGAAAAACAGUUCGAAGGGCUCCAAGGACAGCUCGGCGUCCACCAGGAGACGCACCGGCCCUCCGCCAGUGCUGGAGGGGAGGGAGUGCCAGCCGCUGCCUCCGCUGGCACGCACCAAACGCACGCAGCCCCCGACCUGCUCCGCUGAGGCCGAGAAGAAGAGCAGGCCGGCCAGGCAGGCGGCCACCGCCUCGUCCUCAUCCGCCCCCGCCUCCUCAUCUUCCAGGGGUUCCUCGUCCCGGAGAGUCCCGGUCAGCAUGC